AUGAACUCGUUUUUCUACACCAAGCUCGUGCGGUUCAAUCGCGCCAAGGGGUGCAGCGUAUACGAGUACAAGCAGGUGCGGCGAUGGACGCGACAGUUUGACGUCUUUUCGUACGACGUGAUGCUGAUCCCGAUCAACCAGGCCAACACACAUUGGACGCUAGGCGUGAUCAACUUCAAGGAUCAGACGGUGGAGCACCUAGACUCGAUGGGCACGGGCGGCUUGCUCAAGGUGCGUGAGCACCUCAUGUCGUGGGUGCGCGACGAAGCCGCCGACAAGAGUAAGCCGUUCUCGCCAAACAACUGGACUAUGCCGCCGCGCGACGUGCCGCGCCAGCUCAACUCGGACGACUGCGGGGUGUUCUUGUGCAAGUUUGCAGACUUUAUCUCGCGCGGCUGGCAAGAAUUCACCUUUUCGCAGCAACAUAUGAACUACUUUCGCAGCAGGAUCGCACAUGAGCUCCUCAUGGAGCGCGCGACAUAGCUGGGGGACGAGCAGUUCGGUCUAUAGUCUUUUUAUUUUUUUUAUUCUGUCUUUUUUUUUUUUUUUGAGUCAGAGAGGGCGAGAGGGUGGAGGGGCAGAGAGGAGAGGGGAAGAGAGGAGAACCUCAAGCAGAUGGUUGGUCUUGCGAUAAGUGGGGGGGAGGGGAAUCAACUGCAUGUCUCAUGGUUUGAUUUAGUUGCGAAAGGAAACAUUUAGUCCUCGGCAACAUCCCGCGUGCUUUGGCGAUGAUACGCCUCUGUAUUGGAGUUUUAUCCUUGUUUUCUUGAGCGUUUUGCGUCGUAACGCAAGUCCUAGGAUCCAACUAGAGCGCUGUUGGAAGGUAAAUACCUGUUCAGUACAUACUGUAUUGGGCCAACAUCUUGCAUGCUUGCCACCCUGAACAGAACGCUGCACGAAACGGAGCUGUGGGUUGACGUCUUGACCACCAAAAA